CAUGCGGUCAUGUGACCGUUGUACAGAGGAAGCGCAGUACAUCAGAAAAUCUACCCAGGAUGAAUCGGUCGAAUAUAUGCUCGGUAUUUGCGCUUUUAAGCGUGUUCGCAGGUGUUUUGGGUGACAGGCUGACUGUUCUACGCAAUCCGCCGUAUGUGACUUUUCUGGAAGGCCAGUGGCCCAUAUCGGGGGAGAAGAUCCCUGAUCUUGUGUCUCUGACCAUGGGCUUCUCUGUUCGUGAGGAUCUCUACUGGCCUGGUCUGUCGGCGGGCUCUUUGUUCCAGCGCCCGCGUGCCAAUGCGCUGAUCGUUGUUCGUGGCGUGGACAGUCUCGAUCUGCCGAACAAUGUCACCUCUUACCCUCUCGAAAACCCGGUUCCAUUCACUUUGGACAGCGUGGCGAACACCGUUCAUACUCUUUUUGCAGACAGCACCCCUGUUGUCCUGCAACUCGCUCCCAGCGAGGAGAGGCUGUAUAUGAUGGGAAUGGCAAACACAGUGUUUGAAGAUCUGCCUGUGACACUGCAGCAGAUUCGGGGACGUCUGUCUCAGGACGGAUCUGUGCUCACCUCGCUGCCUCUCACGUCUCUCAGCCGCAACAACGAGGCUGAUCUUCUCUUCCUGUCUGAGGUUCAGGUGCUGAACGACAUCUCAACACUGUUACAGAAACACAAGCAUCUGGCUAAAGACCCCGCUCCCGAUAUCUACUCCCUGGAGCUGGCGGGAUUAGAGGAGAUUUCCCGUCGGUACGGCAACGACUCCCCACAGUUCAAGGAUGCCACCAGGAUCCUAACGACCGCCCUGCAGAAGUUUGCAGAUGACGUGUCCAGCGUUUACGCAAACAAUGCAGUUGUGGAAGUCGUCACGGUGAAGACGUUCGAAGUUCCUCUCACCCGCAAGUCGCGCUCCAUCCUCCAGUCCAAGCAGAUCAGUGAACCUGACAACCCCUACAAUCUGGCUUACAAGUACAAUUACGACUACGCUGUGAUCUUCAACAUCAUUCUCUGGCUGAUGAUCAUUUUAGCUCUGGCCGUCAUCGCCAUUUCAUACAACCUCUGGAACAUGGAUCCCGGAUACGAUAGCAUCAUCUACAGAAUGACCAAUCAGAAGAUCCGUCUUGACUGAUCGCCAUUCCAUCUCCAUUCCAAUGUUUGUGUUGUGCAUUUGAUUGUGUGUGUGUUUUAUUUUUCUGUACAUUGAUCCUUGAUGUAUAUGCAACACAGAAUUACGUAUGUAAGAAAUGUUAAGACAUUGAGACUAAAACACAAAAGAUGUAGAUUAUUUAUUGAUGCCUGUCAAUGGGUCGAGAAUUAAAUGGUAGAUUUACGUAUUAAUGAGUCUGGGUAUUAAGGAAUAAAGUUUAAUUCUAUUUAUU